UGAACUCUCGACGGCUCCCGCAUCGAGGGGAUGAGCUCUUCUCGGUUCGAAUGAUUUAUUCGUUUGUUCCACGUAUGAAGAAGUGCGAGAUACUCGGCGGCCGAGGCGUCGAUAACGGGACCGAGCUACAGCCGUCGUCGCCGAACGUGAAGGGGAGACCCCACGCGAAAGCACGCACGCACCACGGAACGUCCCUGACGUAGAUGUCCACGAGCGUUCUCCCGAGAUACGCGAGCUGCAGCGUCGAGCGCCGACGAGUCGGGGGGAAAGAAGUUUCAGUGCUUCGCGACACGAGAGGACGAGGACGACGGCGCUGUGCGUGGGCCCAGUGACGUGAUGUAAAUAAACGCGCGAUUCGGUAAGCCGACAUCUGUACGACCUCGCGGUAUAUUCCCGUGGCCCGAAGCGCGCUAUCCAGAGAUAAGGGAAUUGCGCGAUAUAUAUAUAUAUAUAUCUAUACACACUCACACGCACACACACAGGCAUAUAUAUCGACGCGCCAACCGUUAGUCGCGCGCGCGCAUACACAUACAUACGAAAGGGCAAGCCGUGCACGCAAGCGCGCGAGCGCUCGUACGGACGACGGAUCGAGGCUCCCGAGAGGCGUAAAGGAGCGAGAGCGAGGGAUUUCCUUUUUCUCUCUCUCUCCAACGUGAGUGCGCGCGCGUGUUCACAUACGCGUUCCCGCGUGCGUUUCCUGGUGCGCGGUGAUCACCCAGUCGUCCGCGAGGAUUGAACCCAGCCAGCUCGGGGGCGAUCUCGGUCUUGUGUUUUGUUUCUCGUGCGUAUAUUAUAUACAUACGAGCGUGCGAGCGUGUCGACAGUACGAUGUUUCGAGCGUCGCGCGCCUCGUGAGAAAAUCUGAAAAAUCUUCGUGGCCUCCCUCUCGUCCGUUCUCUUGGACUGGACGCGGAGGUGAGAAGAGGAAAAACGAGAAGCGACAGAAGCAGGGUGAUCGAGGAAGCGAGACAUUCUUCCCCCCCCCGCCAUCCCUCCUGCGACGAUCCGACGGGCUCGCAGGCGUGAGAGAUAGACGAAGAAGAAGAAGCACGGUCGGAGGACGUCGAGGACAUCUUCCUCCCCCUCCUCCAACCUCCACCUCUUCCUCCUCCUCCUCCUCCUCCCUUCCACCUUGUGAAUUGCGCGCGGACGACAUUGCAGGAUGGCAUCGUCCACGGUGGCCGUUCCGUCUGGAGCCACCUCGGUGCCGACGAUGACAAACGGCAGCAACAGCGGCGGUGGUGGUGGUGGUGGUGGUGGUAGUGGCGGCGGCGGCGGCGGCGUCGUCGUUGGCGGUGGCGGUGGCGGUGGUGGCGAUCGCGGUAGCAGCGGUAGCAACAGCAGCAGCAGCAGCAGCAACUGUGGCAUCGUCGUCGCGGUUGGCACCGAGGAGAUUGACGGCGGCGAUAUAUUCGGCGAGCGUAGCAACGUCAACUCCGUCGGCGGCUACAACAACAGCGGCAAUCCUGGCGAUGCCCUGGAGGAGAUCGCAUGCGGCAACGGAGAAGCCAGCAAUCAGGGCUGUGCCCUCUGCAUGAGCAAGCUGUGCUCGCCCAGGGUACUCUCCUGCCUGCACGUGUUCUGCGAGGCCUGCCUGGAUAAGUUGCUCAUGGACGAGGCUGGAGACUCCAAGGUGAGCUCGGUCAUAAGCUGCCCCAUAUGCCAUCAAGAGACUUCCGUUAGUUCUAAGGGCGCCGCGUCGCUUACGUGCGACUAUGUUCUCACCAAUAUAUUGGAUAUGUCCGCUAUCGAGAACAUGGCAGUACUAUGUACCUCCUGCAAGGCCAAAGAGAGCGCUGUGGCGCGUUGCUCGGAUUGCGCCAAUUUCCUGUGCCCAAAUUGCAACACGGCGCAUCAAUUUAUGCGCUGCUUUGAGCAUCACAAAGUAAUUGCCUUUGAAGAUUUGAAGCAAUCCAACGAAGCUAUCCCGAUACACAAACCGAUAUUUUGUGAGAAUCAUCCUGCUGAGAACAUGAAGUUCUACUGUCAUACGUGUCAGGAACCUAUUUGCAAUGAAUGUUUACUUGUGGAACACAAAGCACCAGAGCAUCAAUAUGAACGACUGACCGAUGCAGAACCACGACAAAAGGAGGAAAUAAUUAACCUGAUGACUGAAAGUAAAGCAAAAAUUACUGAAUGUGAUCAGGUUACGGUACAACUGGAAAAUGCACUUAGCGAACUGCAAGUACAACAUGAUCAAGCAAAAGAUUUAAUUACAGAGACUUUUCAAAGUUACAAGGCCAUACUAGAGAAAUGUAAAGACAAUGCGCUAAUCGAACUCGAGAAAUUGCAUUCAAACAGAGAACUUGAAAUCAUGGAUGCUUUUCAUAGCGUUGAAAAGACUGCAGAAAAAAUAGAAGAUGCUUGUCGUUUCACUUCGAGACUGCUGGAACACGGCGAUGCAGUGGAAAUCUUAGCGCUUCGACGUAUUGUAGGAGCGCAAUUGAUGAAUUUAAUAAAAAAUACACUAAAACAUAAUGUAACGUUCUCUAUUGAAUUUCAAACCGACUAUAAUCAAUUCGAGAAAACUGUAAAGGAAGUAUUUGGAAAAUUUCACACUGAAAGUACGUUAGAAGUGAAAACUCAUCCUGAACCAAUUUCAACGGUAUCAGGUGUCUCUACAAAUCAGCAAAUAGUUCAUACCACCUCGAUGGGUUGUCCAAGUUCCAUCAGCACAAGUUCUCCCAUUUCACUUCCUACGUCUAUGCAAUCCUCCUUUGAAGGUGAACCUUCAUUCAUUAUUCCACCAACCUCGAGUCCACAAAAUAUCCCACCUCCUCCACCACCUGUACCUCUUCCACCAGGUACAGUUCCUAUCCACGGUUUGACUAGCAUUCAAGAGUACAAUCUACAACAGCUAGCCAGUUUAGCAGAGAAGGUGGACAUGGUGGGCGACACUGGUGUAGUUGGACCUAGCUCGAAUCCUAGUCCAACUCCGUCCUUUACUUUGGCAGAUUUAUUUGCUGGAGACCUAAGUUCUACGAGCCACGCCAUUAAUAAUUUACAAGCUCUUGCAAAAUUAGGAAAUACUCUUGGUAAUCAAGAUCUUGGAAGUACCACUAUUAAUGGUGGUGGUGGACUAGUAUUGGGACGUGGACCUUCACCAGCCAUUGUAGAUAACCCAAAUUUGGGUUCUUUGGCUGCCAAUAGUCUAUUAAAUGGAGGAUUUCAAUCAUUGUCCUCUUCCACUUCGCCAAUACUUUCACAGGGUGCUGAUGACUUAAUAGGUGAUUCUAUGCAUAAUAUGCCUGUAGUAGUAGGAAAUACUGUUGCAAAUCAUGUAACCGGAUCAGGAACAGGGAAUUAUCCUGCUCAUCCAAGAACUCAAAAUACAAAAUUAACGCCUAUGCAUAUCCGAAGCAAGUUUGGACAAUUAGGACCCAGUAAAGGGCAAUUUAAUUCGCCUCAUGGAUUUUGUCUGGGGACUGAUGAGGAUAUUAUCGUCGCAGACACAAAUAAUCAUAGAAUCCAGAUUUUUGAUAAGACUGGUACCUUCAAAUUUCAAUUUGGUGUUCCUGGUAAAGAAGAGGGACAAUUAUGGUAUCCCAGGAAAGUAGCCGUUAUGAGAAAUAAUGGCAAAUUUGUUGUGUGCGAUCGUGGAAAUGAACGAUCUCGAAUGCAGAUAUUUACGAAGAAUGGCCACUUUAUAAAGAAGAUCGCUAUUCGUUACAUCGAUAUCGUAGCUGGCCUAGCUGUUACCAGCCAAGGUCAUAUUGUGGCUGUUGACAGUGUGUCGCCAACUGUGUUCGUAAUCAGUGAUACAGGAGACCUCUUGAGAUGGUUUGAUUGUAGUGACUACAUGAGAGAACCAAGUGAUAUUGCUAUCAGUGGCAAAGAAUAUUUUGUUUGUGACUUCAAAGGACAUUGUGUUGUGGUGUUCAACGAAGAGGGUAAAUUCCUGCGUCGUAUUGGCUGUGAGAAUGUAACAAACUUCCCGAACGGGAUUGAUAUUAGCGACGCAGGAGAUGUAUUAAUUGGAGAUUCACAUGGUAAUCGAUUCCAUGUAGCUGUCUUCUCCAGAGCUGGCUCUUUAAUAUCAGAAUUCGAAUGUCCAUAUGUAAAGGUAUCUCGAUGUUGUGGUUUAAAAAUAACUUCGGAAGGAUAUAUUGUAACACUGGCCAAAAACAACCAUCAUGUCCUUGUAUUAAACACUCUUUAUAUAUUGUGAAGUGGCAUCAGACGAGUAAGUAUGUUAUAAACUUCCUCCUGCAAGUGGAAACUUCUUUGGAAACUGCUCUCAACGAAAGGUGGGAAAGGCAUGCCCAAGGCAUUACGUUCGAAUAUUGGGCCUAUUGAAGCAAUAGAAACAUGUGCAGCAUGCAGCUUUAAUAGUUGUAUAAAUAUAAUGCGUCCCCGUUUUAUGAAAGUAACAAUGUUGAAAACAAAAAGAAAAAGCAGAAAGAUAAUGUACGUCUCCGACCAAACAGUAUAAUAGUAACUUAGCAAUUUGCAUUUUGGUAAACUGCCAAAGUAAAUUAAAUUAAUUAAGUGGAACCAGUUAUAAAGAGAGAGAGAGAGAGAGAGAAGCAGUAAGCUAUAUCAACCAGUAAGCAACCAACCAGCCAGUUGGAUCGCUUGUAGUAGAGAAAGCAAUUUAUAAUGGCCUUCCGUCAAAAUUGGUUGUUGUACAUCAUUUUUGACAUGUCAGUAUUUUAAGUAUGUUUAUAAAUCAAAUUAUUCUAGUCUCUCCGACGAGCACUUUUCUAUACGCUGGUUUCGAUUCGUGCUCGGAACAAGACGUUCUCGUCCUGAUUUUUUAUUAAUCAAGGAUGUUUGUCUUCUUAGUCCUAACUGAUGCUUCAAGAUGCAUAUAAGUGCACAGAUUACUUUUAAAAGGUUUUCCUUUAAGAGCUUCUAAGUAACUAAUAAACUCAGCAGGAUAAAUUUCACGAUGAGAGGAUCAAAAUUUUUUGCUUAAUAGAAAAAAAGAAAAAAAAAGAACGUUGCAUGCUGCGAGGUAGUUGGUAGUACUUCCUGCUCUUAUCAUAUCGUAUUUCUAAAGAAGAGAAACAAAUACUCCUCAUUGCAGCAGGCACGAAGCUUAACAAGAGCUAUGUUCCUGAUUUCUUUCUGCGCGUUUGAAAAAUGAUAGUUGAGAACAUAAUAUAAAAACAACGUUAAUGUGCAAGGAAUAGAUUAUGGUAUGUUGAAAAUCAAACAUUUAAUAUCUUAUAUAAAAAGUGUCGUACAGAGAAGAUACUUUGAGCAUAAAAAAAAAGGUGAAAUAAUUAUUUACAUUUACGAGACAAACGAGUAGAUCCCAUUUGUGCAUUGUUAAAAUUAGACGAGACACAUAAUGGUUACAAUAUUUACUCAGGAUGCUUCAUUAUGGUCCACCAUAUGAAUAUGACAUAUAUGCGUGUGUGAAUUAUUGGUUCGUGGUGCUAGUGAAUAAUGUAUCCAUACCAUGUAAAUGUAUUUGUUAUAAAAUUACGGAAAUCGUUCCCGCGCAUUUUUUACAAUGUAGGGGAGCGAUUUCGCGUAAUAUAUUAUAUAAGAUUCGUAAGUACAUAAUAUAUACCACCGGUAUAUCAUAUAGGGACGAUACUUUAUCUAUGUAAAAAAAAAAGGAGAUAACGUACAGUUUGCUAAACAACCUCUAUUUAUGUAUAUAUUAACAUGAUACAUGAAAAAAAACCACAUAAGACACAUACAUAUAUAGAAAUACACAUAUUUUUUAGGGUUGUUUACAUGAUCAGCCUUAAGAUUUGAUUGGACUAAAAUGCAAUGUGUAUACAACAUAUACAUCGGAUAUUUGGCAGAUUGCUACACUGUGUUACCUUACAUUAUCUACAAUAACGUUUAAUUACAAAUACUAUCUUGCCAUACCAAAUGCUAGGUAGCACAUCCAUAUAUACAUAUAAUAUAUAUAUACAUACAUAUAUAUAUAUUUAUACUUGACUAGCUUUAUCAAAUUCGUUUGCAUACAGGAAAUUAUAUCGAAAAUGUCUGGUUUCAUUACUCGUGUGAAGCAAGUGAAAAAAAUUUAGUCUAAUGACAAACACAAAAAGGGGCAGUACUAGGAGGCUAUUUUAAAGUUUGCGCGUAACAUCGGCAUUUGUAGUAAAAUUGCACGAAGCCUACAUAACAUACACCUAAGCUAAUCAGUCGUACUCAUCUCUCGUAUAACGUUAGAAGUUUUAAUUUUAUAUAUAAAAAGAAAAAAAAGAAAAGAAAAACUAAUUCUGAAAUAUUUAAUAGUCAUGGUUAGCAGAGUUAUAUAAAUAAUGCCUGUGAUAAUAGUAUCGUCAGGAUAAGUUGUGUCCUUAAAGAGUCUCUGAUGUUGUUGCUAGGUAAAUAUUGAUUAGAAGUGUAUCAAUGUGAGAUAUACCGUGGUCCCGCCUGCGAGGUGUUUUUACAAGCACAAUAACGCCUGACGCAAAGCGAACCAUCAAUCGUCUCUAAUGAUACGCGUUAAAUAUUAAAAAAAAAAAGAUAUUCAAAAUAAAGAGAGAACACAUGUUGCAAAAUUUUUGCCAGUCAUAUUAAAUAAAAAAAAACUCAUAGUGUAACGAAUGGAUGACCAUUAACGAGAGGGUCUUUUACCUCACAAAAUUAUAUUACGCUCACCUUAUAUAUACUUGAAUAUUUUAGUAUAGAUUUACUCUUUACAUAUUUUUAUCUCUGUGGAAGACUACUUGGCUAAUUUAGGCCACUGUUGAAAUUCACCCCUUAUUUGCCUUGAUGUUUAAAUUACAACAAUAAUAUAUAAAAAAAAGGAACGAGAAUUACUUGUUACGUAAAUGGUAAUUGUGAUAGAUUUUUUGAUGAUUUUUACAAUCUCAAAAGUCUUAUUAUCCUAAUAUGUAUAGAAUUAUAUAGUCACUCUGUACGUAAUAGAUAAACUUUGCUUACAUUGUUAAACUAAUAUUAAAAGCUCUCAUAACUAUCCACACUAAACAGUUUUACAACUGGCAGUGUAAUCGAAGAUCGUAUUUCGAACAUGGGAUAGGUUUCUGUGUGUAUUACUUUUAGCAGUACUAUUUUUAUUGCUAUACAACUUCCAAGGCCUUUUAGGUGCCACAGGUUCUCCGACAUAAUUUCAAACAGAAUAUUAUUUUAAUUUACAUAUUAUUACGGCCGAAUUUUCGACUUUACGUUUGCCGCGGAAUUUAAAUUACGAUUUUCGUUCCCUUCUGUUGUAGAGUUGCCACCUAUUUUAUUUGUAAAUCGGAGAUUAAUGCGCGAUUAUACGUUUUUUUUUCCGAUGCAAAAUUGCUUACGAAACCAUAAUUUUGCAAGCUAUGUUUUUUUUACGAUGUGCUUAGUAAGAUUGAGGAAGACAAUUGCGAGCACCCCGCUCUGUUUCUAAUUUCGCGUACGAUUUACGUGAAUUGUAACACUUGUCAAUCGUAAAAUAUGUCGUGUACCCGAUGAGAAAUCAUUGCUAUAUAUCACACGAAUAUGUUCCUGAUUUUCAAAAGAGGAAGCAGAAAAAAGAAAUGAAAAAAAGUCGCAUAUAUUAUACAAUAAGGAUUACUGCGAUGUUCACAAGCAUUAACGAGACAGCUACAAUUAUAUAAAUAAUAGGACUAACAUGACACGACAUUAACUGAAUUCUAGCCUACGGUUAAUCAUAGUCUUCCUAGAAUCCUAAAAAAAAAAAAUGAGUAUGACUUUGCUAUAUUGAUUAGGGCAUGGCCAAUUAACACUAUAUAGCUGGUUAUAAAUGAAGAGAAGCGUAAUGAAAAAGAAUUAUCUUGUGAAUUGCGCUUUGAAUUAACAGCUCCACAUCAUUUUACUGGACAUGGCUUAUACACUAAACGUCCGUGAUUAUAAUUUUUACUUUUUUAUGCCUUCAGCAUAACUUAAGUUGUUUUUAUACAAAAGAGAGGAAAAGAGAGCGUAACAAUCUAUGAUCAAAAAGGAAAGGGGAAGGAAAAAGCCGUAGCUCAUUAUGUAUAAGCGUUCCGCGUUAUUUUUGUAACAAUAUUUUUAUUCCUUACUCGCGCUCGUAUACAUCGUCUUAUAUAUAUAUAAUUGAUUUUUUACCUUUAUGCAAGCAUUAUGUGUUCGAUUGGCUGUUUCCGACGCUAUUAUAGCGUACUUAUUUGGAUAUAUUAGAUCAUUUUUCCCACGGCAUUUAUUGCCGGAGAAUACGUGGUACGAGCUUGCUAUACAUAUUUUGAUCUAUUACGUUUUUUAUUCGAGGCAAUUCGAGGAAAACGGAAUUGCUCUCAAACGUGUAUUUAUAUUAUUUAUAUGUUGUUUUGUUUAACUGGUUUUAUAAAUUUCUCACCACAGUUGUAUCUUAUUCGAAAAGAUAAGAAAACGUUGUCGAUCGGUUUCUAUUAUACAAUUCAUUUCAUUUUAAUUGUGUUCUUUUCAGAUAUACGCAUACACGUACACGUCCGUUUAUCGUCAUUGCUUUAAUUUAUACGUUUUUGUUGCCAAUAUAUAUAUUUUUUUUUCUUUGUUUCAAAUACUCAAACUGAGGUGGAAUGACAAGGAUUUCUAUAUACAGCUUGUCAUCCUACCUCGUGGGGAAAAGGCAGAAAAAAAAGCGAUUAGUUUGUAACGAGUAUUCAUGUUGAUUUUACUUUAACGAUAUAACUGCAUUCCAAAUCGAUCAUUUUAUCACCUCUUACGAGAUAGGAAAAAUUAAAUUCUUUAGUGCCAAAACAGACUAAUCAGAGUAUUUAUAUAACAUGUAUAUUAUUGCUUACGAUUUGUUUUAUUCCUUAUAAGUUUAUUUUAUUCGUCUUUUUAAGUUCGCGUCGCGCGCGUUCGAGUGUCGAAGUUUUUAGCGUAAGAAGACAAAAAAAUUACGAUUAAAUCCUUGCUUAGUCAGUUAAAGUACAAAUAUUUAAUAUAUAUAUUAUAUAUAUUCUAUCUUUAGAGAAUAAGUAACGCGAAAGGCAUGUUAAUGGCGUAUAUACUGUUACUUGGUUUCAUUCCUCAACAAGCACUAGCUUUAUUUAUUUUGCAUUAGUUUAUUCGAUGUAAUACUUAACAGGCUGAGAGAAAGGGUAAAGAAAACGCUUUUUCGCCAUCGCCCUAUACACGUGUAAUAUUUAUUUAAUUUUUUUUUUUUUUUUUUUGGAUAUUAUCACACGUUCCUUUUUGGAGGUACUUUGUUUACAUAUCAAAUUGACCACUGAAAACCAUGUUACAUACAGUUGCAUUCCAACCCGGUAUGCUGAAGAGCGUUAACUUGUCGAGUAGCAUACCCUCGAAUAUAUCCGUUCGGUGAUCUCUUCGUGUUUCCACUUACUUUUAAGUAGUGACUGCGCGGCUGACUGAAACUUUUUUACGGUAAAGCGACAUUUAAUCCGUAAAGCUUAUUACUGCUCAUUUGCAGCUUGUCACGUAUUCGAAAAAAAGCGCGUCUAACGUCUACAUCGAGCGGUUGUGCUUUACCGAAAGUCAAGCCGUUGACUCCGUCACGUUUCUCUACGCAAAAUUAGUUCUAGUGUCGUUUCUCUCAAAUCUAUAUCUAACACUAAAUAACAUAUACUAUGUAAUAUCUGAAACGAACUUUCUAACGAUUUCAACCUAUGUUGUACACAUACAAAAUAUUGUAAUGCGGAUUACUGUGUGUAAACCAUGUUUUCCUGAGACCUCCAUUGGUAUUUUGCAUAGAACGAGCUAUUUCUGGGGAAAGAAAAUAAAAUCUUGAAUGUUCCGACAUCACUUGUACACUUCAAAAUGUAAACUGUAUAAGAAUAGUACAACUGACGAAAAAAAAGGUAAAUUGUAAUGCAAUACGGAAAGCGUGUAUACCAAUAUAUUUUUUAUAUGCUAAUGGGAUGCCAAGGAGCAUGGUCAUCUUGUAAUGUAACGUAUUAUUUAGAGUUAUACACGUCCAGAGUUCUCGACUGUGUACACACAAAUCAGUUCCCUUUGAGACAACUCAGCCUUUGUAUUAAACACCCUCCCUUUCCCUCCCCCUCUCCCUUCAUCGUCGGACUAUUUGAAUUUCGAAGUAUUUCAAAUAUGUAUCUAUAUAUCUCUUUUAGUUAUGAGUUUUACGAUUUUUAAUCUUCCAAAGUUCGUCAAGACUAGUCCCCGAAAUAUCUGUAACGCAGAUCUAAACUCUCUUCUAUUAAUUUUUUUUUUGUCUUUUUAUUUACCGCAAAUCAGCUUUUUUUUCUAUCUUGUACCAAAUUUUAGUUCCAUUUUUAUAUAAAAUAUUCAAAUUUAUGGUAUUAUACGUAUACACAUCUAUAUACACUUUUACAAAAAAGAAAAAAAAAUAUUUUAAUCUACAUACUGUAUUACAUAAUUAAAGAUACGGAACAUUUGCUACUUAUAUAUUUGUCAAAUGUAUUAUAUUGAAAAUAUUUUAUUAUAGGAUGGACAAUUUAGCCUUAAAAAAAAAAGGAAAAUAAAUGUUCUCUGUUGAUCGUACAUUGCUUCAUCAUAUCAACUCAAUUUGCCAUUACCUGUCAAUUCAUAUGUACUGUCCUAUACUAAGAUAUUCUCAAAUGAUAUCACUAUAUGCAGUUAUUUGAAACGUGUAGAAGUAUACAUUCUUGUCUGCGCAUAGGCUGCAAUGCAAUAAUAAUAUAUUGUGAUGCUCACAAAGCACAUAACACAUUUUACCAAAAUUGUAAUGUUUAAAUAUUUCAUGUGAUUUUGGAAACUGUUAUAUAUUUUUUAUUUCCUGCCAAUUGUUUAAUUUGUAAUGUUGUUCUUUGUUCUUUUUCAAUAAAGUAAUCAACUAAA